AUGAUGGCUCCGCCCAACAGCAACGGCUACGCCUACAAGGGCAAAUCGGCUUCUUCUUUGCCCUUUCAACACAAUGACGCCAGCUUCCGCGACCGCGCCAGACCUGUCAUCGACGCAGCUGCGCGCCUAUCGCGAUCAAUCUGGGCUUACUGGCAGACCCGCGGACGGCGUUCGGCGAUCAACAUGCUGUACAGGGCCGGCUGGCAGUUGCGCCAGAACCUGACGGCGCGACGUCUCCUGAGCUUCCCCCACCUUCUGGUGUGCUUUUGGAUGCUGGUGCUUCUUUGGGGCGAGCGCUGGGUGUUUAGCAGUCGCGUUGCCGAAUGCAGAUGGAGCAACUGGGAGAAUUGGCCUUCCGGAACGAACCCUCACCACCUCAUCGUCGUUGCCGACCCCCAGAUCAUCGACCCUCACUCAUACCCUGGCAGGCCGUGGCCUUUGUCCGACCUGACCAUACUCAUUACCGACAACUACCUUCGAAGAGGCUUCACCCAGCUCCAGUCCCAGCUGGUACCCGACUCGCUGUUCUUCCUGGGCGAUCUUUUCGACGGCGGGAGAGAGUGGAAGACGGGCAAGACCGACUGGCCAGACCCCGAGUGGGCGGUUGCCCGUCGGCCGAAGAACGAGUUGAAGCAUGUCAAGGAGUGGAACGAACAUUACGGAGACAAGUUCUGGUUGAGCGAGUACGAGCGAUUUGGCGAAAUUUUCUUCAAUAAUUGGGCGAACCUAGGCGGCACGAAAGCCGGCAGCUGGCAGAGGGGGCGCAAGUUGGUGGCGGGCUUGCCAGGAAAUCACGAUCUCGGCUUCGGUGACCAAGUCAAGGUUUCGGUCAGGGAGCGCUUCGCUUCCUACUUCGGAGACGUGAACCGCGUGGAUGUGGUUGGCAAUCACUCGAUCGUCUCAGUUGACACCGUCUCCUUGAGCGCAAGCUCCUCGCCUCAAGCAGAACGGGGAGACUUGCGACCAAUUCACACACCAACCGACAUCUUCCUGAAAGAUGUCAAGUUUACCAAGAGGAAGGCGGUGGAAAAGGAGCUGCGUUUUUGGAGGGGCGAUGUGGAGGGCCUCAACUACAACCACCUAGUCGAGGAGCUGGACACGGCAAACGUGGACAACGUCCCGACUAUUGCGCCUGGCGAAGAUGGCCCCGAUUUUCCCACGAUCCUCCUCACACAUGUGCCAUUGUACCGAGACCCUGGAACCCCCUGCGGACCGAACCGCGAGCAUUGGCCCCCUGCCAAACCGCCAAAGGGACAAAAGGGCCCUGUUAUUCCCGACCACCGGAACGCCAUCUCUGUUUCUAAAGGCUAUCAGUAUCAGAACGUGCUGAGCGAGGACGAUUCCGUGAAGCUUGUCAAGAGUGUCGGCAACAUUGUGCAAGUUCUUUCCGGAGACGACCACGACUACUGCGAGAUCGUCCACUCGCCUCAAAAGGACAAUGUGCGGGAAAUCACUGUGAAGAGUGUGAGCAUGGCCAUGGGUGUACCCACGCCUGGUUUUCUCAUGCUCAGUCUUUACAACCCUGUCGAUGCCAACGGCAAGCCCAUUCCCGGAGCUCCGGAAAAGACAUUGCAGACUCACCUGUGUCUCUUGCCGAACCAGCUCGCGACCUACGCGAAGUACAUCGGAUUGGCUUUCGUCAGCAUCGUCGCGAUCAGUAUCAGAUCCUUCCUGGUGCCCGUCCUCAACCUGACGCCGUUUGCUCUGGAGGCAGAGCAGCCGAAGACUAACAUCCUACCUACCUUUAAGGAAAAGGUGGAAGACGAAGGCACGUACAACAUGCGCUCGACUUCUGCGUCAUCCGGAACCCGGUACCAGACCAACUCCUCGUCGCGGACCAGGAGCGGAUCGCUCAUGAAUGGCUCCGCUCCGCCCGCGCUGCCCCCGAAGAGCAAGCUCAAAAAGCAGGCCUGGGGCCACCGCGCCCCGCGGAUCGAAAUCUUCCAGGACGACUUCUACGGUGCGGGAAAGCCUCGCCUGACGUGGAAGGCGGCGUCCCAGCGGUCGCGGACGACGAUCGGAAGGGUGCUGCGGGAGAUUGGCUUCUCGACGUGGAGGGUCGUGUGGAUGGUCGUCUUGUUUUGGGCAUAUCUUGCAUAUAAGGGAUAG